AUGUCUACUAGCGAUAAUUUCCCAGAAGGCUGGUUUUUCAUCAAGAACCUCAGUAAUGGCUAUGUCUUAAUGGUCGAAAACCCCACCCCCGAUGCUGGAUCGCCCGUGGUGAUCUCAUCUAUUCGCACUAAAGAUGCUGAUUCUCAGCUUUGGAACUAUAAUGAACAAGGCCAUCUCACCAACAAAAAGACUGGUCUUGUUAUGGAUGUUGCUAAAGGCAACGCCAAAGCGGGAUCUGACAUUGUGCAACAAACUGUGUCAACUACUGGCAAGCCAGAAAACAACUAUCAAACAUUUGGCACAACUGUCGAUGGUCACGUCUACCUCAAGCAGAAGCCCACUUUGGUUCUCGGCAUCAAAGAAUCCUUCUUCUCGCGUCGUGAAGGCCUCCACGUUCAUCUCCAGCUCAUGGACAAGCGUCAUCUUGAGCGCAAAGAGCAGCGCUGGGAAUUUAUAGUCCCGAUCAUCAAGACUGCAUCUUCAGCCACACUUACCUCUGUGAGCACUAGCACUUCUCUCAAGAGAGCACCCAGUGUUGGCCCUGCCGAAACAGCCACCAAGCCUCUCGGCCGUGACCUUACUAAUAUCAAAGAAGACGACGCUCGCUCGAUCCGUUCUACAAGCUCAAGUCUCGAUCAGGAAGAAAGCCAGCGUAUUCCCAUCGGCACAUUCCCUGAGACCGCCUUUUUCUUAAAGUCCCAGACAAAUGGCUACUACAUCGGUACCGAGGCUGGCUCAAUCGCCAAGUCAGGCACUCGCCUGACUAUCGAUUCUCUUCGCAAAUCUGCCUAUGACAGUCAGCUGUGGACCUUUGACCCCACAACCCACCGCAUUGUCAACAAACACUCUGGCCUGGUCCUCAGCAUCGAAGGCAACUCCCUCGCCGAAGACGCCUACGCAUGCCAGUCUGCACCAUUCGAAAAUAGCGGCAAGACCCAGGCAUGGACUCUCUCUCCCGAAGGCGAGAUCUGCCUCCGAAACGAUAACGCCUGGGUGCUCGGAUACAAAGACAGCUGGUUCAGCAACCGCGAGGGUGCUCACCUCCAUCUCCAGAGAAGCAGCAAAAACAACCAGCUCCAGCGCUUCAGCGUUGUUUUACCUGUCUUCAAGAAACACAAGGCUGAGACCAUUACCACUGUUGAACACUCUGGUGUCUUCCCCGAGGGAUGGUUCUUUGUCAAGAGUCAGGCCCAAGGCUUGGUUCUCACCGUCCUCGAGAGUGGAACCCUGGCCGCACAGGCCGUCGCAGUCAAGCUCGACACCGCAAACUACUCUCGCCAACUUUGGAAAUACAACAACGGCACUCUUGUCAACAAGGCUUCCGAAAUGGUCCUCGACGUCAAGGGUGGCUCUCUUGUAAGCGGCGCCGAGAUCUGCCAAUACAAGGAAAAGCCAGAGAGCACUAACCAGCAGUGGGGUCUGACUGCUGAUGGUUGCAUCCACAUCAAGUCAUUCGGUAACCUUGUCCUCUCCGUCAAUGCCAACGAGAAGAGCAAGUCCAAUGUCUUUUUGGCUACCAAGUCUACAGAUCAGAAGGAACAGCGAUGGAACUUUGUCCUCCCAGUCUUCAAGAAGAAGACAACUGUUCGUGAAGUCGCAUCAACACCUACUGUCAAGAAGACUAUUACCUACCGCUAUGCCCAAUACCCCACUGGAUGGUUCUUCAUUCGUUCUUUCCAGACCGGAUCAACCAAGGAAAACCCUCUUGUUCUUACCUCAGACAAAUCCACACAGACUAUUCGCCUGGCUCGUCUCAGCCGAGAGUCAUGGCGUUACCAGCUCUGGAGCUACUCCAAUGGAAGCCUUAUCAACUACGAAACUGAUAUGGCAAUUGAUGUCAGCUCCAUUGUUGCAGGCGCAGGUCUCAUCCAGAACAAGAAGCAGGAGAUCGCAUCCCAGCGUUGGUCUCUUUCAAUUGAGGGUUACCUGAUCCAGGACUCAGAACCCACCAUGGCUUUGAUUCCUCAGGAAGAAGGAAGCGACAAAUACAAACUUUCUCUUGGUGCUCACGGUUCCAAGCAGGAGUACAGAUGGGGUCUGUUAAUCCCCCAGUUUGGUUACAAGGCCGGUUCUCAGGUUCUUCUGGAGUGGACCAUCCACUACCUCAAGGAGUGGCGCAGAUCUGGCAGCCAGACCAUCCAAAAAACAGUCCACAGUGUCGCCGCAUGGCCUGAAGACGUUUUCUAUAUUCGUGCCCAUGACGGUCUGGCCGUUGUUCCCAAAACCGCAGAAGCUUACUCUGAAAUUACUCUUCGUAAGCUCGAGGUUUCCAAUGCUUCCGAGUUCCAAUGGGCUUUCCGCAAUGGACGCAUCACUCAUGUCUCAUCCGGUCUUAUCUUAGAAGCUGUCGAUGAAUUGGCCCAUGGCAAGUUGCUCCAGCUGUCUGUAGAAGAAGCAAAUAACGCCCGUCAGCAGUGGGUUAUCAAGACCGAUGGCUCCAUUGUUUCCCAAUCACAGAAUGAACUCGGCUUUAGCCUUGUCCAGAAGAGCAACGUAUGGCUCCUCCAGUUGUCUGACAGCACCAAGGCAUCUAGCACACACUACGCAUGGAGUGUUCUUUACGGUCGCUACGAGUCAUCUGUUCUCAUCGGAUUCCGAAGAAUCAUUCUCACGAUCCUUACCACCCGCACAACAACCAACCGCCAGUUGGUUACCCAUCGCUACGCCAUCUUCCCCAAGGGCUGGUUCUUCGUUCGCUCAAAGGCAGACGAAUCACUUGUCCUCACAAUCGAAAACACAAAGCAAGGCACAAAGAUCAUCCUGGCCAAGUUGGACUUCAAGAUCUUCCGCCGCCAGCUGUGGCAAUACCGUGACGAUGGUUGCCUGUCCAACAUGGACACCGACUUUGUAAUUGACGUUGCUGGUGGUGCACUCCUCGCAAACAGCAGUGUAAUCCAGUGGCAGGAGAAGAGCCUCAAGAAGCAGCGUAAGAACCAGCUCUGGGGUCUCUCGGUCGAAGGCCACAUCCACCCCCAAUCUCGCUCUGGCCUGGUUUUGGGACCCAAGGGAGACAAGAUCUCUGAAGGUGCCGAAAUCCAACUCCGUGCCCGCGGCGGUCUUGAUCUCAAAUACCAGCAAUGGAAUUUUGCCACACCGCAGUUCGGAAAGCGUUCACCAGGAUCCGAGAUUUCUCGCACAGAUUCCACACUCACCAUCGAAGGCGUCAGCGUUCCUAAAGAGGUUGCCACCGCCGAUGCUGAACGUUACGAACGUAUAACCAAGCGCACAAUCAUCCGUCGCUGGGGUCGAUUCCCCGACGGAUCCUUCUUUGUCCGUGCCUUUAACGGCAAAGACCAUCUUGCCCUUACUGUGGUCGAGUCCUCAAAGACCCAGGUCGCCGGCGGUGCUGAAUACACCGUCAGCCUACAGGCAAUUAACUUCAAGGCUUACAAGUGGCAGUUCUGGACCUACCAGGAUGGUCACCUUAUCAACGUACAGACUGGCCUUGCCCUCGAUUCUAGAUCCGUCAAGGAUGCCAUGGUCGAGUCUGGCCUGCGUUCCCAGUUGCGUGUCCGAGAAGUUUCUUCAGCCGAAACCCAGUUCUGGGGUCUGAGUGCCAAUGGAGAAAUUCACCAGAAGUCGAACGAACGCCUUGUUGCAGGCGUGUCGAGUGCCGAGCGUACCACCGUCGAAGGAGCCCAGAUUGGUUUGCGUCAAUUAAGAACUGUGAAAACUAAUGCUAACAAUGUAGAAGAAUCAAAGCUGCAGUCCGAGGAGUGGUUGCGCUGGAUGUUCUCCAAGCCUCUCUUCACUACUCGCACCAUCACUCGGACUGUAGGUAACGAGACCACCGAGACCACUGAAGAAGUACUCGACAAGGUCGAGGAAAUUCCAGUGACUGUCCAGGAGGUCAACGAGUCUGAGGGAGAGGAGUCCGAUUCAGAGGAGGAGAAUGAUGAGGAUUCUGAGGACGAAGUCGAAGAAGAAUUGAGCCCUGAGUCACCUGCACCAAAUUCUGCUGCCGUCGACACCGUCACCACAACUGUAAACAAGGAUGGCGAAGGAAAGACCACCACCACUACCACUACCACAACCACUCGUGGUGUUGUAUCCGAAAAGGCUCCCGAGAAGGAAGUUAUUACCAAGCCCAUCCCUGCCGUGGCCGAGAAGCAGGAGGCCAGCUUGAAGAAGUCCAACUCCUCCAAGUCUCUUCGCCUAGGUCGCAAAGACUCGUUCCAAUUGAGCGAGGAUUACAUUCCUACCGGAUUUGAGAAGGUUGUUCGCUACAAGACUCACCAGGGUAACUUCCCUACCGGCUAUUUCCUGAUCAAGAGUCACUUGCACGGCUAUGUCUUGGAUAUCCAGGGAGAUGCUGUCGACGAGGCCUAUGUGAUCCUUACUCGUAUCAAGGUCACUGAUUUCUCUAGCCAGCUCUGGUGUUACCGCGAUGGCCUCAUCUACAACCUCAAGAACCCAUCCUUGGUGUUGGAUGCUGCCAAGCAGACCAUUAUUUCCGGAGAGCGCGCCCAUCUCUCUAUUCAGCACGCUGAUGAUGGCAGACCCGAGGACCGUAUCUGGGAUCACAACUCUGAAGAGGGUCUGAUCAACCUUAGAGCCAAGCGAUCUUUGGUUCUUUCCGUCAAGGAGCUCCGUCGCUCGGAGAACUAUACCCACAUUGAUGUGUACGUCAUGGAGGAGAAGGUCCACACCCAUCAGAAGGGUAAGGGUGCAGGUGCCCGCCGCGAGCAGAGAUGGGAGAUCCUUAUUCCCAGUCUUAUUCCUGUCGCUCAGGCCGAUGGUGGUGUCAAGAUCGUCGAGGCCGGAAAGGUCUCUUCCGUGUCCAGCUCCGCCUCUGCUCUUCUUGCGUUCAGAGGCCUCAAGGAGACUUUCAUUCACAAGAUCACCUCAACCAACCAAUGGCCUAGCACUGACAAGUGGUUCUUCAUCAGAUAUGGUGCCGAAGACUACUUCCUUGCUGCUGAUGAGGAGAAGCAGGUUGGUGUCUACAAACUCCAGGACAAUGAUGAUUACAAGCGAUUCCUUUGGAUCUACGUCGACGGCUAUCUGGUCAACUACAAGUACUUGCUCCGCCUUGUUCUUAACGAGAACAAACGCUGGAUCUUGUCCAACUCUUAUGACCAGACUUUCCAGAUCUCUGCUCGUGGUGUUAUUACUGUUCGCAUCCAGAAGAUCAUCUAUUACCUUCGCAUUGUCCGCCGUUCUAACAGAUAUGAGCUUAUUGCUUCUACUGAGGAGUCUGGUGAUGGCUAUGUAAUGCAGUUGCAUAUCCCUAUAUUCUCUGACAAUGAGAUUGAGAAGGAUUGUCAUAACGCUUCUACUACAGUUGUCACAUCUGUUCGUCAGCCCAGCCGUACUACCACUGUUACAACUAUCAUCCGCCGUGCUUUCUUCCCAGAUUCUGCUUGGUUCUUUAUCAAGGUCGACCGCAAGGAGCAGGAAGACCUCGUUUUGGCCGUCGAGAAGGAAUCCGAGACUGCUGAUUCCAAGCUUGUCGUUAAAAAACUCAACCUUAGAAGCUUCCAGAGCCAGCUCUGGACUUAUCGUGAUGGUCUCUUGAUCAACUAUGGAAGCAAGCUUGUUAUUGACGUCAAGGAUGUGACGGAGAAGCUCCAGACCAUUACUGACAAGACUCAUGAACAUAUCAAUACUCACUACGAGACUGUGAAGGACACCAUUACUGACGAUCAUGUCAAGCGUGUCGAGAUUAUUGAGUCAGAGAAGCCAACUGUCACUGAAGUUGUUACCGAAACCGUUGUUAUCCGCGAUGUGAAGCCUACUUCUGAAAAGCCCAAGAUUGUGGAAGAUAUUGUCAAGACCAUCAAGGAGACUGACACUGAGUUGAUCGUAAUUGAAGGUGUUAAGCCAACCGAUGACAAGCCUACCGAUACCGAAUCCACUGCUAUUGUUUUGGAGGGUCUCGAGACCAUUGGUGACAAGCCCACUUUUGUUGUGAAGGAGACCGACAAGGGUAAAAUUAUUGUGGUUGAAGGUGUCAAGGUUAUCCACGAGAAGCCCACUGUCAAGGAUAUCACCACCGUCGUCAAGCAGAUCGAAGAAACCUUUGUGAUCGUCGAAGGUAUUGAAGUUACCGAAGACCAGCCCACUGUCACUGAGGAAGUCACCGAGACAAUCGUUGUACGCGGCGUUAAGCCCACUUCCGACAAGCCUGAGACUGUUGAAGACGUAGUUAAGACCAUUGAGGAGACCACAACUAGCGUUACCGUCAUUGAAGGUGUCAAGCCUGUUGAUGACGAGAAGAAACCCACAGUCGUUGUUAAGGAGACCACCGAAGAGACCGUUGUUGUCGUUGAAGAUGUCAAGCCUGUGUCCGACAAGCCCACUGUCAAGGACAUUGAGACUGUCAUCGAAGAAGUGACAAAGGAGACUAUCGUUGUUGAAGGUAUCAAGGUGGUUGAAGAGCUCAAGCCUCUCAGUGACAAGCCAACCAUUGUUGAAGAGGUUGUCCGAGAAGUAGUUAUUGUCAAAGAUGUUGAAGUCUCGGAAGAUAAGCCCAAGAUUGUGGAAGAUGUUGUCAAGACCAUCAAGGAGACCGAUACUGAAUUAAUCGUCAUUGAAGGUGUUAAACCCACCGAAGACAAGCCUUCUGUAACCGAAGUCACUGAGGUUACCGAGACAACUGAGAAGACCACUCUCAUUGUUGAAGGUGUUGAGAAGACCGAAGAAGUUCCAACUGUCAAGGACAUCACCACUGUCAUUGAAGAGGUUACCGAGGAGUCUAUCAUUGUUGAAGGUAUUGAGGUUGUCAAGGGUGAGAAGCCAACCGUCACUAGAGAGACCAAGGAAGUGAUCGUCGUUGAAGGUGUCAAACCCACUGCCGAACAGCCUGAAGUGGUUGAUAAUGUUCGUGAGACCGUUACCAAGACUACAACUACCACUGUGAUUGAAGGUGUCGAGGUUACCGAGGAGAAGCCUACCGUUGUUGUUAGAGAGAGCACAGAGGGUACAGUCGUCGUUGUAGAAGGUGUCAAGCCCACCACCGAGAAGCCCACUGUCAAGGAUAUCAAGAAGGUGUUUGAAACCAUCGAGAAAACUUCGGUUAUUGUCGAGGGUAUCAAGAUCACUGGCAAGAAACCCAAGAUCGUUACACAGGAGACCGAGGAGGGUACCAUUGUUGUGAUCGAGGAUGUUGAGUUCAUUGACGAGCAGCCUACCGUUGUGGAGGAUGUUACUACUGUUAUCGAGGAUACCGAAUCCACUGCUAUUGUUUUGGAGGGUCUCGAGACCAUUGGUGACAAGCCCACUUUUGUUGUGAAGGAGACCGACAAGGGUAAGAUUAUCGUGGUUGAAGGUGUCAAGGUUAUCCACGAGAAGCCCACUGUCAAGGAUAUCACCACCGUCGUCAAGCAGAUCGAAGAAACCUUUGUGAUCGUUGAAGGUAUUGAAGUUACCGAAGACCAGCCCAUUGUCACUGAGGAAGUCACCGAGACCAUCAUUGUUCGUGGCGUUAAGCCCACUUCCGAUAAGCCCGAGACUGUUGAAGACGUAGUUAAGACCAUUGAGGAGACCACAACUAGCGUUACCGUCAUUGAAGGUGUCCAGCCUGUUGAUGACGAGAAGAAGCCCACAGUCGUUGUUAAGGAGACCACCGAAGAGACCGUUGUUGUCAUUGAAGGUGUCAAGCCUGUGUCCGACAAGCCCACUGUCAAGGACAUUGAAACUGUCAUCGAAGAAGUUACAAAGGAGACUGUCGUCGUUGAAGGUGUCAAGGUGGUUGAGAAGAAGCCCGAAACCAAGACUCGCGAAGUCCCCACAAAGGAAGUCGUUAUCCCCGAAGGUACCGAACACGGCCUCAGCAUUGUCGAAGAAACAAACAAAACUGUUUCCGGAUGGUUGUCUGGUUUGGUUACCCGAUUCACCAGUCCCACUGAUGAAGAUAACAAGCCUACGACCACUACCGAGCGCAGCAUCGAGCAUGUUACUGUUACAUCUGAGAAGGAGCUUGACCGCAUUUGUGAUGAAGCUAAGGAGAAGGUUAUCACUCAAAUUUCUAAGGUCACCGGUCAGAAGCCCACCAAGGAGGAGCAGGACAAACUUGUCCGUGCUAUUGACUCGAUGAAGGAGACUGCCAAGGUCACUCUUACCGAAGUCAAGGAAACCACCAUCGCCCACAAGGACAAGCCUGAAGAUGUGACGGAGAAGCUCCAGACCAUUACUGACAAGACUCAUGAACAUAUCACUACUCAUUACGAGACUGUGAAGGACACCAUUACUGACGAUCAUGUCAAGCGUGUCGAGAUUAUUGAGUCAGAGAAGCCAACUGUCACUGAAGUUGUUACCGAAACCGUUGUUAUCCGCGAUGUGAAGCCUACUUCUGAGAAGCCCAAGAAUGACGAAGAGGAUGUUUUGGAAAAGAUCGUAAAAACAUCGCUUGCUAUUGGAGGUGCAACUGCUAUUGCUACUGGUACUAUUUUACACGAAGAGAAGAAACCCGUGGAAAAGCCCGAACAAAGAGAUAUCUCCGUCGUGGAAGAUGUUAUUGUUGAAGAAACUAUCGUGAUUUCAGAGCAAGAGACGAAGAAACAGCCCAAGGUCAAGAAGCCUCAGGACAUUGAAUUGGUGAAGAAAGAAAACGAAGUAGCGGUUUCUAUCAUUGAAGAUACAAAACAAUCUACUAUCGGCUGGUUCACAAUAGUAACUAAGAAAAUUGCUGAUCGCGUCAAGCAAGGUGGAGAAAACGUUGCUAAGGAUGUUACCUAUAUUGUUGAGACUGCUGAAAAGGAAAUCCAAUCUAUUUUGGAGAAGAAGCCCGUUAACUUGAGUGAGACUGUUGACUUUAAGGUCAACGAGGGUAUCUCUACUGUUAAAAAAUCAAUCACAGAACAAAUCACUGCUGUUAAGAAAGCCAUCGAGACCAUCGAAGUCGAUGCUUCCCCUGAGGUUGCAGAGAAGCUGUUGAAGGUGUGCGAAGAUUCGAAGAAGGAGUUAGAUACCGUAUUUGUAACUGUUACCGAAACCAUUGUUGUUGAUGAUGUGACUCUGGAAGAAGUCGAUGUCGUUGUUGAUGAAGAGCAUAUUAUUGUUAAAGAUGAUAUUAAUGAAGUCGAUACUACAAAAGAAAUUGUCAGAGCUAUUACUGAAGAGCAAGUAGCUGUUGUCCAGACCGCCCAAGAUGCUACUGAAUCUGUCCGAAGCUGGUUCACUAUUCUUACUGAUAAGAUCAGCUCCUUGUUAGAUCUUGAUGAUGAUUGUGAACAAGUUAACUCCAAGACCAAGAUUGCUAUUGCCGAGGCUGAAGAGGAAAUCGCAACCAAGAUUGCUGAGUUAAAGGAGACCGCCAAGUCACACACUGUUGAUUCUGACGACCAGACUACCGCAGACCUUAAACUGGAUGAGUUCUUUGGAAACCUUCAGACAUCUGUUAAUGACCAGCUGAAGACCGUCAAGUCUACCGUUGUUACUGUCACAACUGAAGACAACAAGCAAUCGGUCAAGGAUAAACUUUCUGCUGUUAACACCAAGCUAAAUGACCAAGUUACCAACUACUUUGAUGUUGUUCAAAAGGCAACCGUCACUGUUGUUGAGUCCGGAAACGAUGUCAUUGAACGUACUGUCAAGGACCGCGUCGAAGAUGCCAAGUUCCAGAUUGAGACUGGUACCCGUACAAUUACUCGAGGUGUUAAGAAGACUAAGGAUGAGGUCAAUGAAGCUAUCGUAAAGGUUGCGACUGGUGCUGCCACCAUUGCUGCUAUCUCUACAGCCAAAUCCCAGAGAAAGCCUGAAGAUACUGUUGAAGUUGUCGAGGAGAAGGUGACCGAGCAGGUUAUUCAAGUCGUUGAGGCUCCUAAGGUUCAGCAAGUCCAAUAUGCUGUUUAUGACUGGUACACAACUCUUUCCAAGAGAAUUACCGAUCGUGUUAGCCAAGGCGGUGAGAAUGUUACCGAAGAUGUCGAGAAGAUUACUGAGUCCGCUCAGAAAGAACUUGAAGUAACCAUUACUAAGGCCAAGGAAGAGAACGUCGAGGAAGUCCCUGUGUCUCAGACCGAAAGCGAUAAGGUUGAGAAGAACUUCUAUUCCACACUUGAAUGGAUCCGUUCAAACGCCAAUAACCAGGUCAACCAGAUCAAGACUAUUGUCAGCGAAGGAGCCAACAAGGUGGACGUAAAGUCUCAAAUCGAUAACUUUACCAUGGUUGCUAGACAGCAGGUUGGCAAUGCCCUUACCAUUCAUACACCAGUCAAGACUAUCAAGAAUGAAGAAGCCCCGACCACUGUCACCAGCACCCAGACUGUCACCAAGGUGUCCCAGGACGGCUCAAUUGUAAACGUUGUUGUCAUUGUCGAUGAGACAAAGGAAGAAGUCGAAGAACGUACAAGAACAGAGAUGGUCCACGUAGUAGAUGAAACGAAGACCAACCUUGCUGGAUGGCUCGAUGGUCUUUUGGUUUCUACAAGAGAGAUCAUUCGUCGUGGUGGAAACAACUGCAGAGAAGAAGUUACAUUGCUUGUAAAGAAUGCCGAAGAAGAGGCUACCCAGCUUGUCCAGGAUGCAAAGAUCAAGUUUAUUACUAUCAACAAGUCAGCACCAUCCCAGUCCGAGGAGAUCAGAACUUUGGUUUCAAAGACCCAAAAGGAGGCUCUUGACUGCCUUGAUAACAUUAAGGAUACCAUUCACUCCAGAGUUGUUGUGAUCGAAGAUGUAGUUUCAAGCUCUGACGAUCUGUCGAACUUUGAUGUCAUUGACGAGAAGUUGACCUCUACUGUGACCCGUACCAAGAACCAGAUCAAGACCAUGUUGGAUCGUACCACUGAGAGCUCUAUUGGUGCCUCAUUCCAGGGCAAGACCAUUACCUGGACCAAGACUCUUGAAGUUCCCCGUUCGUUCGGCGAAGUCCGUGCAUUUGCAUUCGAUGUUGCUGGUACUGCUGUCGAUUACUUGACAACACUUCUCAAGGUCUGGCGUACUGUAACACUUACCAAGCGUACCCACCUCUAUGGAUUUGAUUCCCAAGCAUUUAUCAUUCGUUGGUACAAGCUUUACCUCAUAGAGAGAACUAUCUACGGCAGAUCCACAUCCGACUAUGAAGUAUUCCGCAUUGUUCUUAUCCGCCUCUUGAAGGAGAGAUCUAUUGAACACCUCUUCACUGAUUACGAUGUCAAGACUCUCUGUUCUGCCUGGAGCCGCCUGGAUCUUUUCUCUGAUACUGUGACCAGUGUCCGUAGCAUCAAGAAACAGAGCAAGAUGGAUGCCGUUGCCAUUUCCCCCACAUUCUCUACUCGUACCAUGGUCGACCUUGCCCGUCACGGAUGUCUCUGCUGGCAUGCUCAGUUCACAAGCGAGAUGUUCGCUGCCACUUCUGACGGAUCAACUGCCGAAGUUGUUGUAUCUGGCACUACUGAGUUCCUUGCCCUGGAGCAUCCUGGUCAGCUUGCCGUUGUUUCUUCCAACCCUCUUGUACUUGAGGCUGCUAGAAAGCAAGGCUCGCGCACUGUACUUUUGAACCGUUAUGAUGAGACAUACAACACUACCUACGACUUGAAGGUCGAGCGUCUUGAUGUUCUCGCUGAAAGUUUCCACUCUUUCUUGAAUGAAGAAGCCACUCUUUAAAAGAGUCUGCUAAUAGUAUAGACUGAAAUUGAAUAGUAUUUAGUUAUGGAUUUUUGAUAUUACUUUACUGUUUAGAAACACAGCAUCUACUUCAACUAUGUUAGCUUAUCAUAUAUUUAUCAAUAUAUAUAUAUCAAUAAAAUUGUUUGAAUUGUCAAAAUU